CUUUAUAUGCAUUAUAUAAUAUAAUCAAUUUUCGUUUUAAUUGAGCCCAGAAAAUUUUAUAAUUUAAAAUUCUUCAUUUCUGCAAUUAUUGAAAAACUGUAAUGACAUUUGCAACACAGAUAUUUUAUUUAAAAGAAAGAUGGCAGUUUUGAUGUUUCGAGAAUAAUUAAUAUUUUAUAUGCGUUCAAUAAUGUUUACUAGUAUUAUUAAAUAAAGUCGAAUGUUUGGAGUUACAAAGAAAAGUUGAAGGAGGUGAUAAAAUUGAUAAAAUAUUUGUUAAAAUAUUUAAAAUGGCAACAAUAAAAUUAAAUCCAUCAAAUUCACCUUCUGUUGAAUUAAGUUCAUAUCGCGAUCAACAUUUUAAGGGUUCAAGAGCUGAACAAGAUAGAUUAUUAAGAAAUUCUACAACAUUAUAUGUUGGAAAUUUAUCAUUUUAUACUACAGAAGAACAAAUAUAUGAGUUAUUUUCAAAGUGCGGUGAUAUUAGAAGAAUUAUUAUGGGACUAGACAAAUAUAAAAAAACACCAUGUGGUUUUUGUUUUGUUGAAUAUUAUCAAAGAGUUGACGCAGAAAAUUGUAUGAGAUAUAUUAAUGGAACACGUUUAGAUGAUAGAAUAAUUAGAACUGAUUGGGAUGCUGGUUUUAUUGAAGGCAGACAAUAUGGAAGAGGAAAAACUGGAGGACAAGUAAGAGAUGAAUAUAGAUCAGAUUUUGAUAGUGGGAGAGGAGGUUAUGGUAAAAUAAUACAACAAAAAGUAACUCCUCUUUCGGAUGGAGCUUUUGGACGUUAAAAUUUUACGAAUGUGACUAUUUCUCAACAUAAAAUUUUUUAUGUAUAAGAGAAUUAUAAUAGUGUCUAAUUGCAUUUAAUGAUAAAUAAUAUGAUAUUUAAAAUAAAAAAAUAAUUGUAACAACUGUACAUAGUAAACAAGGAUAAAUAUCAAAUAUAAGUAAAAAUUAUUUAUAAAUGACUGUACAUGAUAAAUGCUGGCAAUUUUAUUUUUACUUCAAUUCAUUUCUAUUACAAAAUAAAAAGAAUAUUUUAAUAAGAAAUAUUAUAUAAAUAUAUUAUAAAAAAUUAAUUUUUAUUUCAUUCAAAAAAUUUUGUUAAAUAAAUAAUAUCUAAAAAAUAAA